AUGGGGAUCCUGACAACCGCACGAGUUUCGCUCAUUGCUCUCUUCUUUUGUGUGGUCCUUAGUCUCCCUGUAGCUCAGCCAAAAAAACCUCAAGAGACGAAAAGAAGUUCAUUUCAUGCUUUGCAACGCAUGGGACUCAAUGAAUUGUUUUACAAAACAAAUCAGUCUUCUCAUGAUCAGCUCGAAAAGGUUAUGGUAGUUCGAGAAAUGGACAAUUCAGUUGCGUUGUCAGGCUUUAUGACAAAAGAUACAACUCUAGAUGAGAGCGUGGACAACGGGACAAACAUUAACGCAGAGAGAGCUGAGCAACUAUCUGGAGAAAGGGAGCCAUCUGCCUCAGCUCCAGGGCAAGAAUCUGGUAAAGUCCCGCUGCGCUUCUUUACAGAAAUCGACGAUAAGAAGGUUUACGGAGGUUUGAUAACAUACAGUCAUGCAUUCCAUCCUGCUCGAAUUUGUCGAGUGAUGAACGCAUGCGUUCGGCCUGAUGGCACUUUGGUACUACCGGAAUGGAUGAAGCGAUACGACACUACAAUCAGUUUUCAUUGCGGUCACUCGAAACUGGAGUUUUCUCUCGAGGAUAGCUUUCCUCCGCAGCCCUUAGACCCCUAUGAACUUGUUGGUAUUCAUACAUCACGACCAAGCAUGCCAGACUUUAUCAAAGACUUCAUGUCAAAUGCUAUCGUCUUCGACUUGGUAUACGGAGACCAUCACGUCACGAAAUCAUGUCAUUCUAGGAAGGGAACAGAUUGCAACAUAUUUCCUACUCUGACGCAAGACUUUCGGCCAGCUGUCUAUUUACACUCAAGGAUAGAAGACAUGGACGAUAGAGUGUCUUGGGUCCGCCAGUUUGUAAGACUAAUGAAGCCGCCAGACUCUGGGAAGCAUGCUAAGAUAACAUAUAUGGAAGACGACAAUGAAAACCAAGAAGGUAUGCAGUGCUAUCGGUCAGCUCUCUUCACAAGAGGCCCAUACAACAAGAACUUUGUGGCAAAAGACCAUCUCCAAAACAUGCACUUCCUUCACCUUCAUGAAAUCGAAAAGAAAGCACGCGAUUUAGUGGCGGAGGCGAAAGACCGCAACCAUCACUGCAGCAUUAAUGUCACGAUCUCUAAUAGAAAGCUUGUGGAUGGGACUAGAAGUAGACUUGUUGGUCGCUACAUAUUGAACAUUCCUCAGCUUCGCAAAGCCUUAUCACGUCAGGCUAGACGGAUUCCGCGACUGCAACUCAAAGUAUCCACAAUGACGUUAGAAAGUAGAUCGUUGCGAUGGCACAUGAAUGCCAUGCAGAAGACUGAUAUUUGGAUAGCAGGGCACGGCCCACUGCUCACAAACAUGAUUUUCAUGCGAGAAAACUCUACAAUGAUGGAAAUACAGCCGUUUGGUUAUUAUCCACAAGAGUACGAAAAGAUGGCCAAGCACCUAGCACACGUGAGCUAUGAUAGAUAUAUUGCCCAUCCCGACGAAGAAGGCUUCAAAGCAUGCAUGAUGCACUUUUAUCCCGAGGACCAUAGAUCACAUAAUGAUGCUCUUGCACUACUUGCAAAAUUUUCGGCCGCUGCUGCAAAAUAUGCUCAGUCUGACAGUACUCACUCGUUCGUCUUGACGCACUACAGGGAUGCAAACCUACGACAUGUUAAGACGUGCGCACUAAUGCAGCGAAUUGACACGAAUGCUGGCAAUCUAGCAACAGCAGUCGUUCGCCAUGCGCGGCUACUCUGUGGGCUUCCAAAACCAUCGGCUCGGACCAACUCCAAACUGAGAAAGAAGACAUUAAGAACAAGGUCCAGGGCUAUAAAUUCGUAA